GAACAGCUACCGUACAUUGAAGUAAAAAAUACUAAAAAAUAGUAAAAGGAUUUUAGAAAAAUAAUAAAGAUAUUUGAAAAUUGCAGAUUUAAACAUGUAUACUUGAAAUCAUCACGUAAAAAUAACAAAUAAACGCCUAGGUGGAAUGUCAUACAAAACGGUAAAUACGGCUUAACAUGUCGAUUUCAAUGUUGUGAUUUGACCAACGAUAUAAUGUUCAAUGUUGAAUGCUUACCAAGGUUAUGAAAAAACAAUAGAUUAUAUAAUGAAAACUACUUUGUGUCUCAAAAAGAAAAAAAAUAGAUGACAAUAAACAAAAUGUUCAAACGAAAUUCAAUUUAUCAUGCUUCCAUGUUUUUGAUGCAUCAGACGAAGCUCUGCAAUAAGUGUAUGAGAUUAUUAUCAUCUCAGACUCACGCACAGCACUUCGUAAACGAUGGACCUUGGCAAGCAUACACUCAGAAAGUGAGCAGCAAGGCAUUAAGCAAAGAUCCUCAUCAAGAACGUGUAGUGCAACAUCUGCAAAAAGUAUAUCAAGAGAUUAGUAAUUAUGAGAGGCCCAUAAUACAAGAACAAAACAUAGGAUCGUUUUUUAAUUUCUUCAAGAAGCCAGACCCAAUAAAGAUUGAUGCUCCCAAAGGUGUUUACAUCUGGGGUAGUGUUGGGGGUGGUAAAACAAUGUUAAUGGAUUUGUUUUAUGAUACUGUGCCAAUUAAAGAAAAGCUCAGAGUUCAUUUUAAUUCAUUUAUGUUAAACAUCCAUGCAAGAAUUCAUGAGUUAAAAAUUAAAUCUGGAAAGGGGGCCAGUUCGUUCCGUGAUGAAGGUUCUAAACCAUUUGAUCCUAUACCUCCUGUUGCUGCUGAUAUAACACAGGAAUCUUGGCUCAUUUGCUUUGAUGAAUUCCAAGUGACUGAUAUCGGAGAUGCAAUGAUUCUAAAACGUUUGUUUACUCAGCUCUUUGACAAUGGGUGUGUUGUAGUAGCUACAAGCAAUAGAAAGCCAGAUGAUUUGUAUAAAAAUGGUCUACAAAGAUCAAAUUUCUUGCCAUUCAUACCAGUUUUAAAAACACAUUGUGAUGUUCUACAGUUGGAUUCUGGUAUUGAUUAUAGACUACGUGGAAGUGGUACCAAGUACAGUAAAUAUUUUUUGAAUAGUCAAAUAUCACCUCAAAAUGAUCCAGUCAAUAAUUUAUUUAAGUUUCUAGUAUCAAAGGAGACUGACACUGUGCGGCCUAGAAUUAUUAAUAUCUUUGGUAGAAAUGUUAAGUUUGCUAAAUCCUGUGGAGGGGUUCUUGAUUCUACUUUUGAAGAGUUGUGCGAUAGACCACUCGGUGCUAGCGAUUAUUUAGUGAUAUCAAAAACCUUUCAUACUGUGUUCAUUAGGAAUCUACCUCAAUUAUCUAUUUCGAAACAUAGAUCGCAAUUGAGAAGAUUCAUUACACUAAUUGAUACUUUGUAUGAUAACAGAGUGAGGGUUGUAAUUGCUGCUGAUAGCGAACCAAAAAAUCUCAUGAAAUUAGAUGAAACUGAAUUUGGUGAUGCAGACAGAGCACUUAUGGAUGACUUGAAAAUUACUAAAGACUCUGAAGAUGCCAAAGCUACUAUAUUUACGGGUGAAGAAGAAAUGUUUGCAUGUGAUCGAUGUCUUUCACGUAUAAUGGAAAUGCAAACCGACGAAUAUUGGGAGAAAUGGGGAACACAUAUAAACUAACCAAAAUUUACUUCAAUAUCAUUAGCAAUGUUUUUCGGUUACAUAUUUAAAAAUAAAUAAAAAUGCUAGUACUUACCUGCUAUAGGAAUAUAUGAUUAUUUGCAAACGCCAGUAUUAGUCUACAAAUAAAUUAUUGUAUAUUAUUAUAUAUCUAAUUAGUGAAUUUUAUUAGUAUUUAAAGAAAAUGUGCAUGCUUUAAGUUGUAAUAGUAAUCAUUCUCAGAGUUUCUAUUUUUUUAAACUUAUUUAUUUUACGGAAAUAUUUUUGAAAAUAAAUUAA